AUGGAUGGCUUCUCAGCGACAAGGCGCUUAAUUCGUGACUUUAAAUCAAUUCGAAAAGACCCACCUAACGGCAUUAGUGCUUCUCCAAUUGGUGACGAUAUUUUCAAGUGGGAGGCAAUUAUAAUCGGUCCUCAGGAUUCUCCGUGGGAUGGAGGAAUAUUUAGACUAGAAAUGAUUUUUGAUGAAGAAUAUCCUAACAAACCUCCAAAAAUCAAAUUCAUUACGAGUAUAUUCCACCCAAAUAUUUAUUUAGACGGCUCUAUUUGCCUAGAUAUUUUGCAAAACGAAUGGAGCCCUGUUUUUAACAUAUCAGGAAUUUUAAUUUCUAUUCAAUCAUUGUUAACUGAUCCAAACACUAGGAGCCCUGCGAAUAACGAGGCGGCGGUACUAUAUAAUACGGAUAUAUUAGAAUAUAACAAGAGAGUAAUCAGUUGCGUAGACAAUUCAAUCGAAUCAGCUAAGGAUCUUAUGACACUAUAA